AUGCAUGUGUUUGUGUAUCCACCCCACAUGUACACUAACCUUAAAUUCAACCUCUCCCUGCCUCCUCCCUCUCCUCUCUCUCAGGAAGGUGGCAGGUCUAAGAGCUACCGCUACUGGCCAAAACUGGGCUCCAAGGACAACUCAGCCACCCACGCAUACCUGGAGGAGAUCCAGUCACCGAGGAGACACACUGACAGCAUGCUGGACACCUCCAAGAGCCUUAACACCCCUGUGGUGGUCCACUGUAGAGCUGGCGUUGCCUGCACCGGGGUCUUUAUCCUCAACAAACUCAUGAUCAGCUGCCUUGAGCACAACGAGAGGGUGGAGGUCCCUAUAAUGUUGGGUCACUUGAUGCAGCAGAGGAUGCUCAUGGUCCAGACCAUCUCCCAGUACAAGUUUGUUUACGAGGUCGUCAUCCAGUUUCUCAAGAAUUCACACCGAAUCUGUACCCUUACUUCUGACCUCUGA